AUGCGAUCUGUUUUGUUUGGGCUUGCGCCGCUGGGGGCAGCUGCUUUGGCUGUUUCGCCAGAUGUAUAUCCAACGCCCCAAGGAAAUGGUCAGGGGAAAUGGGCUGAGGCAUACACUCAAGCUCGCGCCUUUGUCGCGCAGAUGACACUAGAAGAAAAGGUCAACAUCACGCGUGGAUUCACAGACAAAAGCAACACCUGUGCUGGUAAUACGGGGUCUAUCCCACGGCUCAAUUGGCAUGGACUGUGUCUCAUGGACGCUGGAAACGGCGUCAGGGCUACCGACAUGGUGAGCUCGUGGGCAUCAGGGCUUCACGUCGGCGCCAGUUGGGAUAAGAAUCUCACAUAUGAACGUGGCCUGUGGAUGGCAAGAGAGUUCAAGGCCAAGGGAGUGAAUAUUGCCCUUGGUCCAAAUGCCGGCCCCCUGGGCAGAACACCUCUCGGUGGGCGAAACUGGGAAGGUUUCUCGGUUGAUCCCUAUCUUUCAGGCGCGUUGAACGCCGAGACCAUCACCGGCAUGCAAGAAGCCGGAGUCAUGGCAAACUUAAAGCACUACAUCGCAAAUGAGCAAGAAACCUAUCGACGCCCCUACUUUGGUGUAGAAGCAGCCUCAUCCAACAUUGACGACAAGACCCUCCACGAGUACUAUCUCUGGCCCUUUAUGGACGGUGUCAAAGCCGGCGCCGCUUCCAUCAUGUGCUCCUACAACCGGAUCAACAAUACGUACGGAUGCGAGAACAGCAAGCUCAUGAAUGGUGUUCUCAAGGGCGAGUUAGGGUACGAGGGAUUCGUCAUGCUCGACUGGAACGCGCAGCACAAUUUGAAUAGCGCUAAUGCUGGACUGGAUAUGCUUAUGCCCCUUGGCGGUUCGUGGGGUAAUAAUCUCACGGAGGCGGUGCGCAAUGGGACAGUCAAAGAGGCGAGAGUGACUGAUAUGGCGACGAGAAUUCUCGCGGCGUGGUAUCUCGUCGGUCAAGACAAGAGCUUUCCUGUCCCUGGGAUCGGGAUGAAGAAUCUCACUGAGCCUCAUGAGCCGAUCGAUGCUCGUGACCCGCGAUCAAAGCCUGUUCUUUUGGAGGGCGCUAUUUCGGGACAUGUGCUUGUCAAGAAUGAGAAUCACACGCUGCCUUUUAAGAAGCCGCUGAGAAUGGUGUCCGUGUAUGGGUACGAUGCCACGGUUCCCGCUACGAAGAACACAGAUGUCCUUUUUCAGCUGGGGUACUACUCGUCCAAGGAGAUGGGGCAGGCUGUUCUCGGUAAAGAGUACCACUUCGAUCAGGCUGCGCGAGGAGGAACAAUUGUGUCUGGGGGCCGAGCAGGAUCGAAUGCUCCAGCAUACAUCAUCGACCCCCUGAGCGCCAUUCAACAAAGAGCAAGAAAGGACAACACAUGGGUGAAUUGGGAUCUCACAUCUAACAACCCUGACGUGAACGGCGCCAGCGAAGCAUGCCUCGUCUUCAUCAAUGCGAUUGCCACAGAAGGCUGGGACCGAGACGGCCUCCACGACGUCUUUAGCGAUACGCUCGUCAAGAAUGUGGCUUCCAAGUGUGCCAACACCAUCGUUGUCAUUCACGCAGCUGGCAUCCGUCUCGUCGACCAGUGGAUUGAGCAUCCGAACGUGACAGCCACCAUCAUUGCCCAUCUCCCUGGACAGGAUAGCGGUGCCGCACUCGUCAAGUUGCUGUACGGAGAGGCCAAUUUCUCGGGUAAAUUACCGUAUACGCUGGCCAAGAACGAGUCGGAUUAUUCUGUGUAUAAGCCAUGUGGGCGUGGGCCAAGCAACACUACCACUCCGCAGUGCGACUACACCGAGGGCGUGUACCUCGACUACAGGGCAUUUGAUCAGAAGAAUAUCGCGCCACGGUACGAAUUCGGAUAUGGACUGAGCUAUACCUCCUUCUCGUAUGGAGGCAUUCAGCUGUCCCAGGACAAAGGGCUAUGCAAGUCCGCUGGGAAUGCAACCAAUUUGUGGGAGAAUGUCGCCACGGUGAAGGCUACAGUUCGUAAUACUGGCCCUGUGGCCGGAGAAGAAGUUGCCCAGCUGUACGUGGGUAUUCCUGGCGCGCCGGUGAAGCAGCUUCGUGGGUUUGAGAAGGUGAAGCUUGCGCCGGGGCAGUCGGCCAGCGUGGAGUUUGGCCUGACGAGACGGGAUUUGAGUGAGUGGGAUGUCGGGCAGCAGAAGUGGGUGGUGCAGGAUGGCGAGUACAAGGUGUUUGUGGGAGCUAGCAGUCGUGAUAUUCGGUUGACUGGGUCGAUUGUGGUGAGGGAAUGA